AAACGUGCACAUUACAGUCUGUGCUGUCCUGAUGUCUUUACAUACAACGUACAGUACCUGUACACGUAUUCUGGCUACAUGUACCUUCACAGUUUGCCUGUGGACUCUGCAGUAUUAAGAGUUUUCAGAGUUGGUACCGCAGCAGUUAAGGCCCCAGGCUUUCGGUUGAACAGUGUGUACAUGGUACGUGCAUGAAGAGCUACUGGGGCUGCUUGUUUGUUUUUUCAUCUGAGAAGGUCUGCAAUUUGUUGCUUCAGUCAUCGUUAAUUACCAGAGCGUUUGGCGUAGGAAUGCUGCUUGUGUACAACCCUGCUGCUAAGGAUUUGUAGUUUUACUGGAUGCGAUAGUGCAAGGACAAGAUGGCCAACACAGCGAAAGGAAAGUAUGCUAAGCUUCAUCCCGAUGUAGCACUGGCAGAUCUAUCAUCGGCGGAUGAGGCUAGUGACGAGGUAGACGUGAUGAACCUAACCUCCAAGCCUGCCAAGGGGAGUAGGACCAGCCUGACAGAUCCAUCCAUGGACAUCAGCGGCGGCAGUGACAAACUGGCCAAUCACAAGCCGGGAGACCAGUCCUACGAUGUCUACGACCGCGCCAGACCUGUUCGAGCUGCCCAUCACGAGCCGGACCAGCUCUCCGCCCACGACACCACGACGAUGACCUCGGGGAUGAGCCUGAGUGAACUCCCAUUCCGAGACCUCUGGAGGAAUGCCAAGUUGUCCAUCAAGUUGGCCUGGUCCAAGUCUCUCCAGGGCGUUUCCCGCUGGGGUCAAGAGACCAAAGCUUGGAUCCUCUCCCGAUAUUUUGUCACAUGGCUGCUCUUCUAUUUUUUGGUUGGACCAGUAGUUCUGACCGCCUCAUUACUGCGCUACAAUGCCUUGUCCGGUGCGUAUCUACUCUGUCUUCUGGUGCUGCCCCUCAUGCCCAAUCCCAGCCGAAGGAACAUGUCUGGGAGGACUGGGAUAUACCUCAUCAUCCUUCUCAUCUUGUCUGCCCUUGCCUGCCUCACCCAGGCCGUAUUCCAGAUUGUCCUUGCCGCUGACUCACCGUACGGCCACGACUGGGAAGCAUGUAACGGAACUGAGCCAAUUUGGAGACAGCUUGGUUAUCAGAGGUUAAAUGAGCUUUCUGGUGGAUCCGUUUGCCGCCUCAUCCUUCCUGAUGUGGUGGUCCUCCUAGUCACCAUCAUCGUAUUUGCGGUCUGCAAGAAGCUCUUUGCCCCGCGUAACCCAGCCGACGAGACCCAGCAGCCGACGGAAGCCGAUGGCAGUCCCGCCGUAGUGGAACGCCGCACCCGGCCCAAGUCAGUGGUGGUGGAAGGCCUGCAGUCCUUCCUGGCCAUGCUGCUGUGCGCCUUUGCCGCGGUCAUCUACCCGUCAGUCACCUCGGGCCUGUACUUUGUCACCUUCCUGCUGGUCAUCACCUGGUGGUCGCUCUACAAGUCCUGGGGUCAGCGGUUCUACCACGUCUGCAUCGUUUGGCUCCUCUACAGCGGUGCCCACAUCUUUGCCUUGUAUCUCUAUCAGUUCCCGUUCUUUCAGGAGGGUUUGGCUCCAGAAGACCUCUUUGCCAGACUUUUUGGACUGAGAGCCAUCAUUAAUGCCACGGAAUGCGACGAACCAAGAGAAAUUGUAUUUGUCGGCGGUCAGCCUUGGUUUGUCUACGUCAACCCGGGGGCUGUGCUGAUAUUCUAUUUCUACUUGGCCAUUCUGAUCCGAUGCUGGCUGGACGGACCGACCAGGAAAAUGCACAUUAACGGUAACGCCAAAAGUCAGCAACACGAGGUUGUGAGACGGCCAAAGAAACAACGCAAGCAGCAUGGAGAGAAAGAGGUUUCCCCACAGAGACAGCGCCUCAUGGACGAGUCUGGCCCAUCCUACCAAUCCAUGGAGCCGACGGACGCGGCCGCAGCCAGCGGGAGCAGAGAAGGGGCAGAGGAAGGGGCAGAGCUGCAGCGACAGGUAUCGACCCGGAGCGAGGAGGACGGGCAGCGUAAGAUGUCGCCGUUUGCCACGAUGGUGGCCUACGUCACCAAGCAGUGCUACAUCGGGGCCCUCAUCUUGAUGAUGGUCUGGAGUAUCACCUACCACAGCUGGCUGACCUUCGUCCUCCUGCUCUGGUCACUCCUCAUAUGGAUCAUCCCUGCCUCCACCACUCGCAACCGCGCCCUCUACAGCUCGCCGCUGCUGGUCAUCUACUGCGAGGGCCUUCUCCUGAUCCAGUUUGUCUACGGCCUGGACCUGAAUGACUCGGAGCUACCUUCCGUCACCAAAGACGGAAUCAACCUGGCCGAGAUCGGCCUGAUGAAGUUCAUGUAUCCAUGUGGUCCGCUGGCUCUCCAGCUCUUGUACACCGUCAUGCUAUGGCUGACAUUGCGACAGUUCCUGCGGGAGAGACGCCUGGCCAAGUUGAGCGUGAACUCAGAGGGGAUUGUUCUUCAGCCAUUUGGGGUGAUCUUCUCCAAUCCGGAUGAGGAGAUGCAGGCUAUUGAAGAUGCGAGGGAAGGAGGUGACUUUCCUGACAGGGGGGACAGCGAGACCAUGUCGGUCAUCGGCAACACCGUCCUGGGCAUCUUCUCCAAGUACUGGAUCCUCCUCGUCAUGGCCAUGUUCCUCAUCGUCACCAUCCAGCAUUCGGUGGACAUCUUCAAGAUCAUCUACAUGGGGCUGUUCCUGCUUAUCGCCAAUAUGUUCUUGUGGUCCUUUACUCUCUUCCGAGGGCUGGUCUGGAUCUUUCUCUGGCUGGUGGUGCUGUAUUCCAUUGCCGUCCUCGUGAUGAUCUACACCUAUCAGUUUGAAGAUUUUCCUGGCUACUGGACCAACGGCACGGGCAUCUCUCUUAAAGUACUGGAGGAUCUUGGUCUUCGUGAGUACGACGUGUCAGAACUGUUCCUGAACCUCCUCAUUCCAACAGCGUUCAUCAUCAUUGUCAUGGUUUAUCUCCACUACUUCCACUCCAAGUUCAUGGACAUCACCAAAAUAGAACAAUCCGGAUACAAGCCGAGCAAGAUCAAAGAGGAAGACGUAGAAGGAGAGGUUGGGGCAGCUGGAGAAGAAGGAGGUGACGAGACGGACAGAGCAUCUCACAUCAGCAAGAAAGACAAGACGCAUUCCCAGUUGAAGCUGUACGUGAAAUACAUCAGCAUCAUCUGCAAGACAUACUACGACCGGGCGGCGGCGAUCCUUUGGCGAUGUCUGGAGAUACACAUGAGCAAAGUCGUCCUCUUCACCAUCAUCAUGGUGGUCACCAGGGAGAUGACGGCGGCCAACGGCCUCUUGGUCCUCCUUAUCUUUUUGGUCAUGCCCCUGCCGUGGUUCACCCGCUGUAUGUUCCUUCUAGCGGCACUCUGGGUCUCCAUCGUCAUCUUUGUCAAGAUGGUCUUCCAGCUAGACCUCAUGCCCAUGGAGAGAUUUGCAACCAACUGCACGGAUAAUGAAGCCAUCAAUGGAACAUUUAGUUACCUUGAGUGGUUUGGUCUGAGACAGACUAAUAGUUUUCCAGCAUACAUCAUUGGUUACGUGUUCAUCAUCCUGAUGAUGAUCCUGUGGUACGCAGCCCAGCUUCGUCAGGAGCACUACCGCAACAUCAACAACCUGGAGAGGCCCAAGCAGAAGAUCGUCUUCGAGGAGGUCAAGCGAGAGCAGGCCGACGAGGGGCUGGUGAAUUGCAUGAAAUUCCUGGCCAACUACUGCUUCUACAAGUACGGGCUGGAGAUGUGCUACAUCACCACGGUGAUCGUAGCGGCAGUCCGCCUGGACGUCUUGUCAGUCAUCUACAUGGUGCUGUUGCUGUGCCUCAUCUUCCUGCGGCGGAAGACCGUCUCCUACCUCUGGCCGUUCUACACCAUCCUCCUCCUGUGCCUCCUCUUGUUGACCUACGCCCUCUCCCUGGGCCUGCCGCCCAUGUUCUGCUUCGCGGACUUUUUCCAGCUGCUGUUCGUCUGCCUGCAGCUGCACGUGUUCCGGAUUGAGAAGAACCGUGGGCCUGCAUACGGAGGCGGCGACAACUACGAGGCUUUCGUCGAUAUUGAGAACAUCGCCGAAAACCCAGUCCCCAAUUUCACAUUCAGCAGGUCCUAUCUGGAUACGGCAAAAACCCUGGUCUUUGAGUACCUGUUCUGGGUGACCCUAGCGGUUACUUUCCUCGCCGGAACCACCCGCGUCAGCCUCUUCGGACUCAUCUACAUCGUCUUCUCAUUCUACUUCCUCUGGCUGGGAUCCGAGUAUCUUAUCAAGCCCACAAGAGUCGUCAUCAAGCGGUGGAAUAAACUCCUGCUCUACAACCUGCUCGUGAUCUUCCUGAAGGUGUGCCUACAGAUCAUGUCGUGCGUCUACGUCAAGCAGCUUCUGAACGCCAAGUGUUGCUGGCUGCUGCAGCUGCUGGGUGUGGUGUGCCUGCAGUCGGACUUCAACAUAGGUGACAUUGAAGCGGCUCGAGAAGAGAAUAAAUGCACCUUGCCCGUGGACGAUGCAGGCUUGUCGUGGGACGUGGCCGUCUUCAUCUUCCUCCUGAUCCAGAAGCGCAUUUUCACCAGUAACUACUUCCAGUAUGUCGUCAUCUCGCUGGAGGAACAGAAGAGCCUGGCCUCCAAGGGAGCCGAGCUGAUCAAUGAGCUACUGGCCACCAGGGUGCGCAACAAGCGGCUGGAGGAGAAGCGGAUCCUGGAAGGUAUCAAGAAGAAGAUGUCUCGGAUCCAGAAGCAACAGCUGGACCUGAUGCACAAGGCCCAAAGGAGGGAACCCAAAUAUCACGACGAAGCCGUGCGUGGCCAAGGUGGGUACUACAUGUUCAAGGAUGUGAGCGACGAGGAACUGAGCGAUCUAGAGCCUGACGCAAUACCGGGUGGUGAGGGUGACGAGGGAAAACACUCGGCGUUCCAUCUUGUUCAUGAUGCGGUUGCUAUGAGCCCAGAGGAUGCCUUGAAGAAAGACGACAAGGCCAAGGGAGAGGAGGAUAUUGAUACUGGAGAGACGUCUGGUGCAGCUGAUGCUGAGAAGAAGAAAGGCGAUGACAAGAAAGAUGGCCCAUUGGACAUUGAGGAAGCAGAAGAUGUUCUGGCCGAGAUCGAAGAGCUGGAGAAAGACGCUGAGGAAGAACAGAAAGGCGGCAUCUGCACCAAGUUCCUAAACAUCCUCAAGCUCAUCUGGCGCGUCCUAAUGCGGGGCCUGGAGGGCUGCAUCCACUUCUUUGACGAGAUCUCCGAGGAGUACCGCUAUGUGGCCCAGGAGCUGGACAAGCUCAGCUCCGAGGGCAAGAGGCAGCGAGCGCUCAAGAGGAAAGCAAAGGCCAUCAAACCAGCCGAAGACGUUGGCGGAGAAGAGAUUGAGGAAGUUACGCCCCGUGAGCCUGCCAGAGUCUCCAUCAAGGUGGAGGAUGCAGACGGAGGUGCUGGUGAUGUAGAGGGUCUAAGUCAAGGUGAUGAGACAGAUGCAGUCGCCAAGGCGGAGACAGCCUCCACCGCCGAGACGACCUCCAGCGAGAAGUUUGUGCGCACCAUGCCCCGGCCGAUCCGCUUCAUUUUCUCCCUACUCUAUGCCGUCGUCUCCCAGUCCCAGCUGGUCUGCUACUUCCUCAUCAUCCUCAACCUGCUCCUCUCGGCCAACCUCCUCUCGCUGCCACUGCCCAUCCUGGUCUUCACCUGGGCCAUGCUGUCGGUGCCCCGCCCGACCAAGCGGUUCUGGAUCACCGUCAUUACCUACACCGAGUUGGUGGUGAUCUUGAAGUACUUCUUCCAGUUCUACUUCUACCCAUGGAACACUGACGACGAGAUUACCCUGAACGCCAGCAAUCCCCUGUGGUGGCCGGUCAUCCUAGGCAUCAACCACAAGGAUGCCUACGCCGUGCUGGAUCUCUGCAUCUUGUUGGCCGCAUUCUUCCACCGAUCUAUCUUGAGGAGACACGGCCUUUGGCAAGAGAGCCAAGUGGUGCCCAACCUGGAAGAUCCAGACGGCCAGGAACAACUUGCCAUCACCAGCGGAGAUGCCUCAGCGGACGAUGCUGACUCCAAGAAGAAGAGGAAGAAAAAGAAGAAGAAGAGCAAAGCUGACAAGGAAGCUGAGAAGUCUGAGACUGCGACCGAGGAGGUCAAGGAACCACCCGGGGAGGAGGCAGCAACUGCAGAGGGCGGAGGAGACGAGGCGAAGGGGGAAACUGACGCCGAGGAGAGCAGCGAAGAGGAAGAGGAGAAACACAAGACGAGCAUCUUCACUCCCUUUGUCAGCUUCUUUCACAAUAUGCUGGACCCGACCUACACGGUGGUGACUGACGUGUACGUUCCCAUGCUCCUCUGCGAUGUCUUCAAUUUCAUCCUUUUCGCCAUUUUCUCUUAUUCGUUUGGAGAGGAGCAGUCCCAGAGCGACGUGGCAGAGCUCAUCACCAGCAACUCCAUCCCCCUGUUCUUCGUCCUCUUUCUCCUGCUGCAGUUCAUCCUGAUGGUCAUCGACCGCGCCAUCUACCUGCGCAAGGCCGUCGUGGCCAAGUUCAUCUUCCUCAUCCUGGUCAUCGUCGGCGUGCACGUCUGGAUGUUCUUCCUGCUGCCCAAGAUCAACAACAGGCGAUUCACGGAGAACGUGCCAGCCCAGAUAUGGUACUUUGUCAAAUGCGUCUACUUUGGCCUGUCGGCCUAUCAGAUUCGUUGCGGCUACCCAACCCGAAUCUUAGGCAACUGCUUGUGUAAACGCUACAACUACCUGAACCUGUUCCUGUUCUACGGCUACCAAGCCAUCCCAUUUCUGAAGGAGAUCCGGAUGCUGAUGGAUUGGAUGUUCACCAACACCACCCUGUCGCUCACCCACUGGGUGGAGGUAGAGGAUGUCUACUCCAGUGUCUACACCACCAAGUGCUGGAGAAACGCUGAGAAAAAUUAUCCAGUUGAUCGUGGCCGCUUGAAGAGUAAAUUGGUCAAGUAUGGUGCCGGUGGCAUCCAGUUGCUGCUUCUCAUCAUCAUCGUCUGGUUCCCUCUGCUCUUGAUCUCGCUGUCCAACACCUCCAGCAUCGCCAACCCACCCUCAGAGAUUGAUAUUAGCAUCAGCAUCAGUGGAUAUAGUCCAUUGUUUGAAACCACCGCUCGGGAUACCGCUCUGAGAACCAUCACUCAGAAAGAAUACAAUGACCUGCUUGACCGCUUCAGUGGUGAUCUGGAUGCGGUGACAUUUUUUAAGAACUACAGAGCGGAGGACGUCGUGGAGGUAACCAUCAGCGGUGCUUCUACAACUUCUUGGGACGUCAGCCCGCCAAGCAGGAAAAGCCUUGAGGAGACCUUGCUGUCCAAAACAUCCAACAUUGAUUUCCGCUACUCCUAUGCUGUCAAAAGAACCAGUGAUAGCUCCUUAGUGACACCUACAGUGGACGGCUACUACCAGAUUUCUCUGAGUCCAAACAAGCCCCCAGGCAAGAUGAUAAGAAAGGAGCUCGCUACACAACUGAACACCAACACCACAGCAACAGCGAUGGUUCCUCGCGUGUAUCCCAGCUACCUGAGAGUCCCAGCGAAGGGUAACGCCGAGCCAGCCACAAAGCUGCUGGAAUCACCCACAGUCAACGGUUACUCCAGCAUCACCAUGAAGUUGGAGUCGGGCCCCAUCGCCAACGUUGGCGGGGAACGGGAGUGGUGGGUGGUCAACCAAGGUAAUGGUUCCAUGGUCAUCUACACGCUGAACGACCGAGUGGCAUCAGAUUUGUUUGCACCGCUGGCUGGUUACGGAGUAAUCGGUCUGUACGUAUCCCUGGUCCUUGUCGUCGGCAAGUUUGUGCGUAUGAUUUUCAGCGGGGUGGCCACCAAGAUUAUGUUCAACGAGCUGCCCAACGUGGACCGCAUCGUCAAGCUCUGCCUGGACAUCUUCCUGGUGCGGGAGUGCGGCGAGAUGGCGCUUGAAGAGGACCUGACGGCCAAGCUCAUCUUCCUCUACCGCUCACCGGCGAUGCUCAUCGAGUUCACACGCUACAAGCGUGACUAAAAAAAAACAAACUAACCACCCCCCCACCCCACGGUCUCACGUAACGUGCCAGUAACGCCUCAAAGGCAGGGGAGGCAACCUGAUUAUUGUCGCAUGGGUUUGGCUACAUGUACAAAGCGAGAACUGGGGAGGAUGAAGCAAUUUGUGUCCGAGUCUGCAAAUUGAGAUACGCGACCUCUAUCAUGAUCUCUAUCACUGAUCUCAAAUACACCAUUGUGUAUUUGCUGAUAAGGGCAUUGUCCAAGCACACUGAGCAUUUGCAUUCCUUUGCAUUCAGAAUCUGUGCUAAAAGGAUGACCCCUAUCAUGGAUGUAUUUUUAAAAGACAGCAUUAUGUGGUGAUAUUUUUGUUAUGAGCAUGAAACAAUUUUGCGAUACAAAAAAAGCUUGAACAUGUGCGUACAUGUACAAGCAAGUGCUUUCACCUGAAGAAACCUUUUAUGGGAGGUGAUUUUUGGUGUUUUUUUUUUUUUUUGGUGAAGCUGUAGGCACACUUUUUUUUUGAACCCUCGUAAUCUCUGGUUGUGGAAACUUUGGAGGUUUUUUUUUUAAUCACUGUCUUAAAUUCAACUCAGGGGACUGAUUUCAUGAAACAUCAGGAUUUCAUGAGCUUUGAAACAUCCACGGAGGAUUGCCAAGGUAACAGUGUGUGCUGCAUCUGAAGGAUACUGUAAACCAGUCUCCCCUCUGUUAUUAUAAGCCCAGCUUCUGGGUACUCAAAAGGCAGGAUGUGAUUGCUGGUUAGGCGCAAAAAAAUAUUUCUGCUUCCAGUUCCCUGACCGACCCAAAAUUUUUCGGCACGACCUGAAAAUUUUUAUCAGCAAGUCAGACAACCGAAUUUUAAAAAUGUAAAAAGCAAAUCUUGAUAUCUUUUCUGUCUUCACAAAACACCUUUCAACAACCCUGCAAUUUUUGCAAAGAAACUUCCAUUUUUUCACGAGUUCCCUUUGCGUUUCAUUGUACACCAGAGUUUACAUCAUCCGCAAUAAUUUUUCACCACCUAAAUGUGCUACAGGCACGCAGCUUUUCCUUGGAUCAGCCUCAUUUUUCACUUAACACUCAUGCCAUUGAAAAUUGAAAAACACUGUACAAAGUGUUCUGAAGAAACAAAAUUCUUUUUUGUCAAAGUCAUGUUGCAUGCCUGGUGUUGAUUCACAGCAAAAUUCAGCGCCAUUUCAGCGAAAAAUUCCCCCUGUGGUGCUUGCAUACUUGGCACGAUCUUGGUUGAUUUCAGAGUAGUGCUUACUUGGGGAUACAAAACGUUCUUAGCUGUGGCUCCUUGUGAAACUGGGCACCGCGUGACACGUACAGUGCUAGUAACAAUGUAGCUCGUCGAUAGAGGGCGUUUUCAUCCAUGAACGAUUUCAGUACUAAAUCCAUGUAUCACGUCCAUCUCGCAGGUGGUACGCAUCAAAAGAGGGCACUACCGCGGCCCAUGCAACGUGCACUACAUUGACUCUUCAGGGUGGGUCAUUUUACGGCACGUGUGCAAGAUUACUUAAACAGUUUCCGGUAAUACAUAGGUGUGUCAAAAUUGCGAUUUGGCAGAACUUUUAGGGGCAAAAUCAGGAGAGUUGGGAGGUCUGGGCAUGUAACUGGAGGCAGAUUUAUUAUUAUUUUUUUGGGGGGGGGCCUUAUUGUCCGCUAGGGAAACGGGUAAUUCACCAGUGUUGAAUAUCAGUGUUGUAGUCGAGUACUUUUUUCCCGAGUACCAAGUACUGCCGAGUACUUUGACUGCUGAGUACAAAGAC